AUGAUACGACAGAAGAUUUUUGUUUUUAUAGUUAAGUCAAGAAGAAAUUCUAUUUGUCCAGCAAUCCGGCGCAAAGAAGACUACUAA